AUGUCGACUCCCUCUCUGUCCGAUGGACAGCUCACACCGACCGAUACUGAUCCCGAUCUCUGUUUCUCUUCCUCCGAGGAUGACCAACUAUGGCCAACUGCUCAAGACGUGGCUGAAAUGGCCAUCAUGAUUCACGGCAGUGCUGUACCUCUAUCGUGGUCUCGAGAAACUCUCAAGAGGCUUCCCCCAGGGACUCGGCCUUUGAGGCUUGUUGGCGAGGGUGCCGCCAAUGUUGUCUUUGAGCUGGACAUCCCCGAAGGAUUCUCCUGGGCCCACGAAUUCAAAGGCUGGCUCCUUCGUGUCGCCAAGGCCCCGACUAAUGGUCAGCCUGCCAGAUUCAACUACCUCAAACAGCAGGAGUUUUACGCAAAACAAAUCACACCCUUUCUCAAGACUCACGCCAUUCAACAACAGCUUGUUGUUCUCCGCAACUCAAACAUUAUUCCCAAGCUCAACGCCUUUCUUCUUUCAAUAGACCAUGAGCGCAAAGAGAAGUUCAGGGGGUCCUUCCUCUCCGAGUCUAACUGGGGUCUUUUGGUUGAAGAUAUGAGGGUGGCCGACCCCAAGAAUAGCAUUCUUGUCGAGUUCAAGCCCAAGUGGCUCAACCAAUCACCAAGCGCCCCUCGAAAUGCCAUACGAUGUCGGCAAUGUGCCAUGGAACUCUUCAACUUCCUCCGAGACCCAAACCCUUCAAGACACAUCCCAGAGCGAAAGCCUUGUCCUCUCACACUCGCAAACCCCGACGCCCCUGACGCCAUCAGCUCACCCUUUCGAUUCGCCCCGAAGCUGGCUUCCAUGGCUGACAACCCAAUCGUACGGGAACUCCUGGCCAAGACUGCUGACCACCAAGUGCUCCGCGACUUGAGGUGGCUUCAGAAUUUUGCCGACUCGGACGGACCUUUGAAUGCAAAAAAGGACGACCCUAUGUUUAGCCUGGCCAUGACAGUUCGAGACUGCACUUGCUUUGUGCAGAUGAACCUUGGUCCUGGUGUCGCCCCCGAGCAGAGGCUUCGUGUCCGGCUUGGCGACUUUGAUCUCAAGGAUACCGACAUGAAGUUCAGACGGUGGACUUCAGCCGAGCAUGAUCUCAUCGACUCGGCCUGCUACACAGCCGACUGGAUCUUGUGUAACGACAGAUACUACCAUCCACCCACCAGGUGCCUCCUGGAGUGGGCCCGCCGGGAUCUCGACUCUGUCAACAUCAUCGGCAUCAAGGCCAAGGAUGCGCAUACCCAUACCAGCAAGGGGAUGCACUUUCCCGUUGAGAAACUGGCCUCGCGUGCCGAUCUUUACUGGAUGACGUCCAACCCGACCAAGCUCAAGGCGUUGCUGGAGCCGUACAGGAAGGACAAGCCCAAGGCGGCAGUGUGUCCAUUCCGAAAGGAGCCUCCGAAUCUCCGAAAGUGGUUGUCGAGAAACCCCUAG